AUGAUCAGUCCAGCGCGGCCGUUUGCCACGCUUCGACAUGUUCAAAAAGAUGCGGUGCAGCCGACGCUUUUUCACUACAACAGCGCGCUCUCCAGCUGCAAGGAGAGCAGCGACUGGGGAGCUGCGCUCUCGCUCCUGACCACGCUUGGUGCUGUGGGCCUUGGACCCAGCAGUGCUUCCUUUACGGCUGCUAUUCGAGCAGUAGCACAGACCCGUCGACUAUGGGAAGUUGGCCUCACCUUGCUUUGCGACCUGCAUGUUUGGAUGCUUCAGAGCAAUCAGAUCACGAACAGCGCAGCCUUGACUGCGGCUGGAAGAUCAACUGCCUGGCAAGCUGCAGUUGGGAUCUUUAGCAGGAUGCAGCUGCAAGAGCUCUGCCAGGAUGUCGUCUCUCACACCGCGGCCCUUGCGGCGUGCGAGCCUUCAGGCCGCUGGCAGCUGAUGCUGGAGUUAUUUGCAAAAAUGCCAGUUGUGGAUGUUGUGGCCUGCGGGGCGGCUGUGAGUGCCUGCGCCAAGGCUGCUUCCUGGCAAGAGGCGCUCUUGCUCCUUGUGAGCAUGCCAAAGCAGCGGUUGUGGCCAAACACAAUUUGUUUCAAUGCUACCAUCUCUGCCUGCGAGCGGAGUGGGCAUUGGGAGCUGGCGCUUUUUCUGCUGAAUGAGAUGGACCUCCAGGCCUUGCAGCCCGAUGCGGUCAGUGUGUCUGCUGCCAUCAGUGCGUGUGGACGUGGGCUUGAGUGGCAGGCUGCGAUGUGGCUGUUAGCAACCUUGCCGUCAAUGCACCUGCAACGGACAACGAUCAGCUUCAACGCCACCAUGAGUGCCUGCGAGAAGGCGAAACAUUGGCAACAUGUCACACAGCUGACGGACGACUUCGUCAGCCAUGGUUUCCUGCCAGAUACUGUGACCCGUGGAGUGAUUGGACUGGCUUGUGACCAUGCAGAGCAGUGGCAAAGAUCCCUGCUGCUGAGCCCCAGCAAAGGACCGGUGUCCAAAGAUGGGCUUCAAACUUUGGCCCGAAGGCUAAGUUGGUCCGAAGACGAGCGGGCAGAGGUGCGUGCUUGGCUGCAACCGGAGCAACUAAAAGAGGUCUCUCCAGACGAAUUGGUGCUAUUGGUGUGGUGUGCUGCUUCACUCGGAUGGUCGGAGGAGAACAUUAUCCACAGAACGCGGAAAAAGCUGCUCCAGUGCCUGCAGUCCAGACUUCUGUCGUGGCGUGAAACUUCGCGUUUGGCUUGGUCUUUGGCCAACCUGGAGGUGAACGAUGCCGUUUUGUUGGAUACCUUGCAGGAGGACUUAAUCCAACAGAUGGACCGCUUCGAGUCCGCACAGCACAGCGGCGUUCUUUUGGACUUUGCCUCCUCUGCUCUGACGACGUCAUGGGCAUGCAGCUUCCUCAAAAGCUUACGCAGAAGGACGCUGGGCAAAGUGUCAGAAUUCUUGGCGCAGUCAGCUUUGCUUCUUGACAGGCAGCCUGUGCCUAACUUGGCCUACGACCUCUUUUCUGACAAGACUCUGAUCCACCUCGAGUUGGAAGAUCUGCUUGUGAUAAGCAAACCUCCUCAUUGGCAAGUGGAUUCAAACACGGAUAGAAACAGUGAAGCAUCCUUGGGAGACUUCCUGAAGGGAAUCUUUCCUGUUCGUCGCUGGCCAGUGUUCCGCGACACGGCAAAUGCCAAAGGCUUUUUACACCGUUUGGAUGUGCCCAGUUCGGGCUUGAUCCUUGUGGCCAAAACGUACAGCGCGUACUUCGACUUGCGUCUUCAACUUCAGACAGGCCAGAUGCACCGAGAGUACUUGGUGCUUUCCCAUGGCUGGCUCCCGCCUCGCGGUGCCGUGGUGGCGCGGGUGCAUGCUUUGAAGGGGGGCCGAAGUGACCAGAGCUCUGUGACACGCAGGGGCAGGGUGGCCAUCACCAGGCUGAAAGUCUUGAGCUACUGCAUGCUGAGCGGCGCGGUGUCUUUGGUGGCAGUUCGCUUGGUGACAGGGCGAAUGCAUCAAAUCCGCUUGCACCUGUCUCAUAUCGGCCACCCGACGGUCACGGAUGGCAAAUAUGCAGCCACCGAGACCAAGCUGCGGGAUGAGCAACGGUGCUCGAGAAACUUUCUGCAUCGGCCUCCCAGCUGA